AUGCGCAGGUCCCCAUUUGGUUUCAAGGGGAAAAAGGGAGCCAGCGCUCUGGAUUCGGGUCUCAUGUCUCUCGCGUUGAGUCUAUCUUGCGUGAUAUCUGCCAUGCUCACAGGAACCGUUGUCUCAAUCUACGGACAGUAUGUUGCGUUCAUGAUUGGUGGCAGUGUGCUUUUGAGCAUUGGAUCCGGCCUCCUUACUACUUUGGAUGUCUCCUCGAAUCGCAGUCAUUGGGCACCUUAUCUCUUCCUCUCCGGCAUUGGAUUUGGGGCUGGUUUGAUAGGGCCCCAGACUGCGGUUCCAGUCGUUCUGGAACCUAAGGAUGUCGCCUUGGGCAUAUCGGGCGUUACUUGUGCGCAAAUACUGGGAUCUAGUAUCUUCAUCUCAGUCGGCAGUAACUUGCUAAAUGCUCGACUUAGAUCUGGCAUCUCUACUGGCCUUCCCGAACUUGACGUGGACGCAAUCCUGCAAGCAGGUGCAACUGGUCUUCGAGCAAUAGUUCCUCCAGCCGACCUUAACCCCAUUCUUCGUAUUUACAACGAUGCACUCCGUUCGGUAUUCUAUGUCUGUUUGGCGAUGGCUGGUGCGUCGUUUUUCAUGGCACUCGGAAUGGAGUGGCGAUCUUCCCAGCGGGGGAAAGACGGGGGAAAUUCAGAAGAGAGUUCUAAAUCGUGA